GCGACAGGGAGCCCGCGGUUCUGAGUCCGUAGUGAAAAAUGGCCGGUGCCAACGAUUGUUUCAGCAUUGGGAGUACGGUGGCCUGUAAAACUUGUUACAAGGAGGAGAUCGAAGGCGAAGUGUUGGCAUUCGAUCCACAAACUAAAAUGUUGAUACUGAAAUGUCCUUCUUCAAGCGGAACACCCACGUUAAACGACGUACAUAUAGUAAAUUUAUCCUUGGUAUCUGAGGUCCAAGUAAAACGAGAAGUUAGCCCCACAACUAGCGAACCACCACAAAGCCUUAAUUUGCAAAAGUUAAACAGAAGAGUACGUAAUCAAAUCGAAGAGAAAAAGAAACUGGUAAUGGCUCUGCAGGCCGGAGUAUCCCCAGAAGGACAAAAGCUCUUCAGUACUAUAUCAAAGACAAUUCCGGAAAUAACGUGGAAUGGAACAAAUAUCGUUGUAUUUGACAAUGUCACGAUUAAACCUCCAUACAAAGUUGACAAUGUUCAUGGUAACACAGAAUCUGGAGCAUACAAGCAUGUAAAAAAAGUGGUCGAAAAACAUAUUAAAGAUACGGAGGCAUCCGCGCAGGCACAACAGCGAGAACAACAGCAACAACAAAAGCAAAAAGGAGGUGCUAUGCAAUAAAAAUUUGAAAAUGGCACUAUAUUACGAAUAAAGCUACCAAUGCUUUCACAGAAGUUCCAGUGUUUGAGGGAAAGUAGGAAAGAAAUGAAACCGGAUAAACAAGAAAAAAAACCAUUGCAGAACUACUAGAUAAGGCUAUCAUGGAAAAACCAGCAUCACAGACGAAAUUCACAUUUGUUUUGUUAACGGGGCAUUUUGGAGCGACCAAAGUGUAAAUCGAUCAUUCAAAUUCCAAAUAUGUUUCGAUCACACGUUAAUUGUAUUUGUAUGAGCAGCAUUUUGUAAAGCAAUGGAUUCGCGUCUCACCCGAAUUUUAGUAUAGAGCUGGCUCUUGAAUGAAGAGCGUUGUUUAUUUUAUCCGAUUAGCUGCCAUACAUCUUAUGUACUGCUGGAACUAUUGUUCAUACAUGUGCUCUGAUGCAGGUGUGUUUUAGUUUAGUUUUACAUUGUUACAAAAUACGUUUAGUAGUUGUUUACAGAUCAUUGAUACACCUGAUGGUAGCAUGACUCGAUUGCCAUACCAAGUACCAAAUUUUUUAAACAAUCAGUAAAUUGAUUAUCGCAAUUAUGAUCCAAGUCCGUAUGAAACGGUUUAACAACAGAAAUUUGUAGAAUCACUGUUGUAAUCGGGAGGGGAAACACGAUCAACGGCAAUGGGCACGUUUACAUGUGACUCAUUCAACUUCGUAAUUGACUGGCAUUUUACUUGUAUUCACGAAUUAGAAAUCGACAUUCGUCUUCAGAUCAUCGCUGUAGUACUAUCGAUCUCUCAAAAUUUGUAAACAAAGAACAAAAACGGAAACGUUACACUUGAUCACGCCUGCGUCGGCACGAGACGUCUUCAGUCGUGACUCAACAUUGUUAAAUGAAGGAUAUUCCCUUGCAUAGAACGAGCGAAGAAGAAUUGUUAUUUAAGAGAAACAACAACUUGGUCUGUGCAAGGGCAACUGCCGUCUAGCUUGCACAUAGGAGUAACUUCAUUUGCAAUUCAAACUACGGAACACGUCUCGUGCCCUUUACUUUUUGAACGCGGAGAAAAAAUGUAAAACGGAAAGAAAAGAAAGAUUAUAAAAAUUAAUUACACGAAAA